AUGAAAUCAGUAACGAUUUGUGCGCUUCUUGUGGUAUUUUUCGCCUGCUUCGCCGGUCAAACGCGUGCAGUGCCUGUCGCAGUGGUGGAAGUGCCCGUUGUGGAGGUGGCAGAUGUAGCUGAAGCGGCGCCCAUUAGCCUACUGGAUAUUGAAAAUGCAGAUCAAUCUGUGGUGGAUGUCACGGAUAACGAUGGAAAGGCACGUUCGGCUCGCGGUUUGGGUUUGCUUCUUGGCGGUGGUCACGGUUUUGGUGGUAAUUUAUUCGGUGGUUGGGGUGGACUCGGCGGACUUGGUGGCCUGAAGAGCUUCGGCGGUCUUGGUGGAUUCGGUGGACUCGGCGGUUUGAAGGGCUUCGGCGGUGGCUUUGGUGGCGGCUUUAAACCUUUUUUCGGCAAAAUAUGGUAA